AUGCCCGGGGCGGCAGCGGCAGCAUCGACGCCAGCAGCCGACAUCCCGAUCGACAGCAACAAGCACCGCAACAUCAAGAAGGACAAGGACCUCGACGGUGGUUCAGGACCUCAGAGGGCCAGAGGAGACCGACAGCGACGACAGACCGAUCCAGAGCGAUGGGGCAAGCGGACCAUCGGCGAAUGGAUGAGACUGGAUCGUCGGGAUCUACGACUGGACUGGGACAGAGCGGAAUCUGCCAACGAGAAAGACGAUCGUUACUCGGGCAAGCCCUGCUACGGCGAGCACGACACGACGCACCCGUUGUCGAGGCACGCCAACGGCUACAAGGUGAGCUACAAGUGCGUGAGAUGCGAGCUGGUCAUGCUGUACAUUCCGAAGCACGGGGCGACGGGCAAGUACAGGCAGAGGGGAGCUCUGAGCCCGACCGUGGGAAAGAUCAAGAUCGAAGAGAUCACGAAGGAAAAGGUCACCAAGGAGAAGGCGACGUCGGAGAGAGAGAGCCGGACCAAGGUCGAGGAGGUGUCUUCGGAGGACUCAUUCGAGAAGGCCGGAGAGUCCGAGGAGGAGGAGACGCCGUACCCGGGUACCGACCAGAUGAGCAAGGCCGACCUGAUGUUCGAGCAGAUGCGCGACAGCUUCAAGCGGCGAGCGGACCCACCGACGCGCAGGAAGAAGAAGGAGUCUCCCCAGGGCGGGGAGCCCGAGGGGGACGACGACGUCAUCACGUUUGGGAUUGACGUCGAGUACCACAAGGAGGAAAUCAACCUGAAGGACUACAGCUGGGUGCUAGAGCAGGUGACGGAAGCCGGGAUGGCGACAGACCUCUACCUGAAACAGCUGAUCGAGUUCUGCACGGAGGAGGACAGCCAGCUCGGGAAGGUCGCGGAAGAGCGCAAGGAUGCCGAGAUCAUCAGGAUCACCAGGAAGGAUGCAGAUCUCAGCACGAAGAACGGGCUUGAGUUUGCGAAGAACCUGGCGGUGAAGAACCCUGGAGCAGACAUCUGGGGAAGCCUACAGUGUACGGCAGCCAGCGCACUCCACCACGGCUAUAUCGGCAGGCAGGAUGGCCAGUACUGGAAGAAGCUCGAAGCACGAAAGAAGAACCUUAAGAAAAUCGUGAAUCACUUCAUGCAAGUGAGCAGGAUCGUCAAGGACAAUGGGGGCGACGUGCAUUUCGAGUGGCCACGCAACUGCCAUGGCUGGAAGUACUUCCCGGAGCUGACGGCUUUCUUCGAUGAGCUGAGCAUGGAGAAGGUGAACUUCGACGGGUGCCAGGUCGGGGUGGUCAACACGAAGGGCGAGCCAAUCCACAAGCCGUGGACGCAGUGGACCAGCAGGAAGAAGCUUGCGACGGCCCUGAGCGGCAAACGCUGCCCAGAUCCUCGAGGACACGGACAUGCGGAAUGUUGUGGGAAGGAUGCUACCUUGUCGGGCAGAUACCCUGCGAGAAUGGCGAGGAUCAUCUGGCGGAACAUUGUGGAACCGCCGAAGCUGAUGGGCCUGGCGAACGACAACAAGGAGAUGUUCGACCACGAGAAGGAGCUAGAGCUGACGAGCGACGAGCAACAGCAGUGGAACGACUUGCCGGCGCUGAAGCAGAACGAGUUAAUGAAGGCGGCGAUGCGUCUGCAUCGGAACACUGCCGUGAAGCAGAUCAAGUGCAGCUCGUGCAUCGAGAACCAGAUACCCAGCCCGAGACCAGCAGCAGUACUCGAACCAGCUCGAGAUCUAUGGCAGGUGGUAGGCACCGACGUGAAGGAGACCGUGAGCAACGACCAGAUCAAGCGGAAGUACCUUGUGAUCGUGGACGAGGCGAGCAAACUGACACUGGCGGUCAAGAUCUUUUCAGUACCCGCCCAGGAGUCGAGGAACUGCACCGCCAAGGAGCUGUUGGAUGCUUUCAGAGGACACUGGUCAGAUCGGUAUGGCAUGCCGAGCGUACUUCGCCUUGACCCUGAAGGAGCAUUCGUGUCGCACGAGUUCUACGACAGUAUUGCUGGUGAAGGAGUUCAGGUGGAUCCCUGUGCCACUCAGGCUCACUGGCAGAACGGCAUCGCGGAGCGUGCGAUCAAGACGGUGUUCGAGUGCGCCAAGGCCAUGCAUCGUGACCAUGAGACCGAACUGGAGGCAGCAGUACAUGCAGCGGUGGAGGCACACAACACAGUCGAGAGGGUCGACGGCUACAGUCCAAGCCAAUGGGCCUUUGGACGAGACAAGAACUGGUCGGGGACGCUCAAAAAGGAGGAUCACCUGGACGUCAUGAAGUGCACGAACCAGAGCUACAUGGAGAACCUGUCCAAGCGGGUGCUGGCAUCCAAGAUCAUUGGCGAGCGCAUUCUCAAGCAGCAGCAGGUGAUUUCAGUGGACAAGGAGGACGUGCCGAUGAACGAGGAGACCUACGUACCGGAGACCACAGCUCGUGCACCAGAAGAUGGCUUCAGAUCCAAGCCAGAGAAGACGACCAUGGAGAGGAUCACCGUGAUAAAGUACGAGGACGGCUCCGAGGAGACGGUCAAGGACGACAACUGGAACGUGCAUGGGAAGUCUACGAGGUCAAUAGGACGACGCUGGACUGGCAGGACUUACCUGUUCCCCAUUGCGGACAAGCCGGAGGAGAUGAAGGUGGACCAGAAUGAUAAGGAGGUGAUCCAUGAGGAAGCGAAGAAGACGGUCGUGGAGCAGGUCCCGGAGACCCAUGAGGACAACGAGAAAGACCAGCCGUCGAUGGAUGACAUCGAGAGCGAGAAGGUCAAGACCACGAAACAUACAACUGCAGGAGAAGCAGAUCUCAGAAGACGGAUCGUCGAGAAGAGGAAAGUCAAGAACGACCUGUUCGAAAAGACGAAAAGGAGGGUCAGGAUGCGGACCAACUUCGGACCAGCACUGAGGAGAUACUGUGCCUUCUUCAAUGGUAAACUAGCGGACUGUGACCAGCUGGACUGGGACAAGCUUGACUGGGAGGACUUCGACGUGGCAGCAUGGGCGGCUGCUGAGAUUCAGGAGGACCUGGAGAUUCCGACGGGGACCGACUACAUUGAGGUAGCGUUCGAGGCGUUCGACGAGACCAGCAUGAACAAGUUCACGAAGCAGCCGGAGCAGUACAUCACCAAGGCGAUGAAGAAAGGAAGGUCCGAGGCGAGCGUCAAGCACAUGACCGAUGAGCAGAAGAGUCUGAUGAAGGGGGCGAAGUUGGUGGAGGUGAGAGACUGGAUCGCCAACAACGUGCUGGAGAAGCUGCCGCCACACAUCAGACCGAAGCCGUCGGACGUUCUGAAGACGCGCUGGGUACUCACCUGGAAGAAAGACGAAGCGACAGGAGGCAGCCGAGCAAAGGCAAGGCUGGUAGUGUUGGGCUAUCAAGAUCCUAGGCUAGGAGAAGAACCAGUGGCAUCGCCGACGAUGACGAGGAGAGCUCGGAACAUGAUCUUCCAGCUGACGGCCAUGAAGAAGUGGAAGCUGAAGAAGGGCGACGUCAAGGCCGCGUUUCUGCAAGGAAAAGGGAUGCCAGACGACAAGCCGACCUACAUCGAGGCCAACGACGAGCUGGCGGAGGAGUUCGGAGUACCUGGAGGGACGGCAGUGAGGCUCAAGAAGGCAGUGUACGGACUAUGCCAAGCGCCGAAGUCGUGGUACGAGAGCGUGGACACCUUGAUGGAGCAGCUCGGUGGACAACGAUGCGUGUCAGACCCGUGCGUCUGGGUCUUCAGCGGCGAGAACGACAACGUGUUCGGAGUGGUUGGCACCCACGUGGACGACUUCCUGAUCGCCGGAGAUGGUGGAGUUCGAUGGCGGGAUAUCGAGGUGAAGCUGCAGAAGGCGUUCCGCUGGACUCCAUGGGAGGAAGGAAGCUUCAAGCAGACCGGAUUGUCGGUCAUGCAGACGGCCAGCGGCGAGAUCACCAUACACCAGAAGGAGUUCAUCGACAACAUCACCGAGAUCAACAUCAGCCAGGAGCGUCGCAAGCAGCGGGACCAGAAGCUGACGGACAAGGAGAUGACGAUGCUUCGGGGAGCACUGGGCGAGAUCCAGUGGGUGGCGACGCAGACGAUGCCGAAGUACCAGGCGCAGUGUUCUAUCUUCCAGAGCAGUGGACCGAUGGCGACAGUGGAGACGCUCUUCGGGAUCAACAAGCUGAUCAGGCAGAUGAAGAACGACCAGGGCUACAAGCUGAAGUUCGAGAGCUUCGAGGGCGCAGGCGUGGUCGCGGGCUGGAGCGAUGCAGCCUGGGCGAAUCGACCGGAUGGGCUAUCGACAGGAGGAUAUGUGAUCGGUAUCGCGCCGGAGGACAUCCUGAACUGGAAGCGAACUCCAGUGGGCUGGGUUUCGCACCGCAGUGGCAAGCUACAACGUGUGGCGAGGAGUUCGUUGGCGGCUGAGGUCCAGGCUCUGACAGUGACGGAGGACGAACUGUUCAUGGUCAGAAUGAUGUGGGCCGAGCUGAACGGUUUCGUAUCGGACGUGGCGAUGGGAACCGCGAGCGAGAGGAAGACGACCAAGCCGAUGCUGGUGGGCGUGAAGCAGGUGCGAUCGUGCCUGUGCGUAGACGCGAAGAGCAUCUACGAUUGCCUGGCCAAACAGGUGCAGAUGCAGAGCUUGGCUGAAAAGCGGACGGCGCUGGAGCUGAUGGCCUUCGAGAAGUGCAUCAACGAGACGGAGCUGAUCGUGAGGUGGUGA